AUCCGAACGUCGAUCGAUUCGGAUCAAAACGUAUCUUGUGGUUGUUCAGAAAACCCAAAAUGAUUUUUUAUUGUGCUGUGUAUGCGUGUGUACUGUGAAUCAUAGACACUUUUGUAAAUAGUAUUCAAAAGUACCUUCCUUUUUAAUUUUUUUUGCAUAUAUUUCGGUCGCGUGUCCGUGUUUUCCCGAAAGCCCGUUGCGCAAAACAAACGGAUUAGCAUUUUUAAUUGCAAUUUGCAAAACUAAACGCGAAUAUGUCGCGUAAUUUAACAAUUUGCUUUUGUAUUCUUCAAUUGGGGCUGUUCAUAAAUGCCACUGGUUUGUAUACGGUAAUCGGACCUGGCACUAUACGCUCCAACUAUAAGUAUAAUGUGGCAGUUUCUGUGCAUAAAGGCGAAGUAAAGAGCAUCAUUAAAGUGGGCAUUACUGGACCAUCCUACAAUGAGACAAAACAAGUGGAUGUUGAGCCCAAAUCGACGGUGAAUGUUGAAUUCGAUGUGCCGAAAUUAUCAAGUGGCGAUUACAAUCUGACAGCGGCCGGUAUUGAGGGCGUUAUCUUUGAGAAUUCAACGAAAUUAAACUAUGCCGAUAACAAGCCAUCGAUUUUCAUACAAACCGAUAAGGCGACCUACAAGCCAUCGGAUCUUGUUCAAUACCGAGUGCUUAUUCUGGAUGCAAAUACACGACCGGCUGUUAUCGAUAAGCCAAUAACGAUUGUUAUCAGUGAUGGGGCCCAGAAUCGUAUUAAGCAAUUGCUGGACGUUAAACUAACCAAGGGCGUCUUCGCCGGAGAACUUCAGUUAUCGGAACAACCAAUGCUGGGAAUGUGGAAUAUCGCUGUCAGUAUUGCCGAUGAUGGAUCCGAGACAAAAUCCUUUGAGGUAGCCAAAUACGUGCUGCCCAAAUUUCAAGUGGUCGUAGAAUCCGCCAAAGAUAUUGCCAAACAGGAUGGUGUCCUUAAGGCCACAAUUCGGGCCAAGUACACAUAUGGAAAACCGGUGAAGGGCAAGGCAACUGUUUCCAUUUCACCCAACUAUAGUUACUACUCUCCAAGUGGCAAUUCUCUUGAGCAGACGAAAACAGUCGAUGUCGAUGGCAAGGGACAUGUUGAAUUCACACUUUCCGAUAUGGAAUUGCAGUCCGCAUAUAACCCACCUCUCAAAGUCUUUGCUGAAGUGACUGAAGAACUGACGGGCAAUAAACAGAACGCAUCCACUACUGUCAAUCUGCACUCCCAACGCUACAGACUGGAAGCUAUCGAUAAUAGCAUCAGUUAUCAUCCGGGAAAAUCGUUUGUCUAUCAGGUUGUAGUAAAGAACUUGGAUGGCUCACCUGUGCGAGAUGCAACCAAGAAGGCAAAACUAACAUUGGAGCCAUCUCACAGAUACUUUCACUUUGAUAGAACUAUUCAAUCCGAUCCAGACAACGAGUCACAUGUGUUUGAAGCGCUCUUGGAUGAGCAUGGUAUUGCCACAUUCAAUAUUACUCUACCCGUUAGUACGGAUCGGUUCUUCAGUGUUAAGGGAUCCUACGCGGAUGCCACCUCUCAACUGGGUUCCUUAAACAAAUUCCAACCAGCUAUCGAGUCAAAUGACCCUUUGAAGAUCGAAGUGAACACCAAAAUGCCCAAAUUGGGAAAUAGUAUUUCCAUUGAUGUGAAAUCAAACGAACCAAUUCCUUACUUCAUCUACACGAUCGUCGCGCGUGGAAAUAUUGUGAAAUCCGAGUAUGUUGAAGUUCCCGAGAAUCGCAAGAGCCAUACCAUUAAGUUUAACCCGACCUUUGAGAUGGUGCCACAGGCCUCGAUUUAUGUGUACUAUGUCGUCAACAACGAAUUACGUUUCCAGGAGCGGACGCUUAAUUUUGAAAAAGAUUUCGAAAACUCAAUUGAAAUCUCUGCUCCUUUGGAGGCAAAACCAAGUCAAGACGUUAACAUCCAGGUGAAAACCGAUCCCGAUUCGUAUGUGGGUUUGCUUGGCGUCGAUCAGAGUGUUCUAUUGCUAAAGUCUGGCAACGAUUUAUCCCGCGAUGAUGUCUUUAACAGUCUUAACAAGUACAAGACAUCCACACCCUGGCAGCAGGGAUAUGGUCGCUAUCCAGGAGAUUCUUCCGGCUUGGUGACACUCACAAACGCCGAUUAUCCUUAUAAUUUCGUAAAUAACAUUAAAAAACUGGAAACGGGUAUAGUUCCCAUUAUGAAAGUCAGUGGGGAAAGGCUGAAUCCCAACAAAACACGAAAGACAACACAAAAACCAUUUGAAUCUGAAAACUCAGCCGAUGAGGACAAAUACGAGUAUUCAGCGAUUUUCGGCUCUGGAAUACGUGAAAUAUUUAUCGAAUCUUGGAUUUUUGAUGGAAACCUUACAAAAAUUGCUGACUCCGGAGAAUUUACUUUGACGAGAAAGAUACCCGAUACCAUAACUUCAUGGGUUGUGACUGGAUUCUCUUUGAGUCCCAAUAAGGGCUUGGCCCUAACAGAAAAUCCAAGCAAGAUUCGGGUAUUUCAGCCCUUCUUCGUUUCCACCAAUCUGCCUUAUUCGGUGAAGCGAGGUGAGGUCAUUGCCGUGCCCGUUAUUAUCUUCAACUACUUGGACAAGACGCUGGAGGCUGAAGUAACCAUGGAUAACGCAGACAAGGAGUUUGAAUUCACCGAAGCCACCAAUGAAGUUGAGGAAAAGUCCAUAGAUGAAAUACAGCGAGUUAAAAGGAUUACCGUUCCAUCGAAUAAUGGAAAGAGUGUCUCCUUUAUGAUACGCCCCAAGAAGGUGGGGUCCUUAACUUUGAAGAUUACAGCCACAUCGCCGUUGGCGGGAGAUACGAUUCAUCAAAAGUUGAAGGUCGAACCCGAGGGUGUUACGAAAUUCGAGAACAGAGCUGUUUUCAUCAAUCUUCAGAAUCAGAUCGAAUUCAGUCAAGAACUGAAGGUGGAUAUUCCGGCCGAAGCGGUGCCCGAUUCUGGUUUUAUCGAGUUCUCUGUGGUUGGUGAUCUUCUGGGACCCACAAUCAAGAAUCUGGACAAUCUGGUGCGCAUGCCCUACGGUUGUGGUGAACAGAACAUGGUCAAUUUUGUGCCAAAUAUUUUGGUGGUCAAAUAUUUGGAGGUGACUAACCGCAAGAUGCCCAGUGUGGUGUCGAGAGCCAAGAAGUUCCUCGAAGUUGGUUAUCAGCGUGAAUUGACCUAUAAACAUGACGAUGGCUCCUACAGUGCCUUUGGUAAAUCGGAUCCCUCCGGCAGCACUUGGUUGACUGCCUACGUUGUAAGGUCCUUCCAUCAAGCUGCAAAAUACACAAAUGUCGAUCCUAAGAUAAUAAUGGAGGGCCUCGAUUUCCUGGCCUCCAAGCAGAAGGAAAAUGGCGAAUUUCCCGAGGUGGGAAAACUCUUUGAUAAUGCCAAUCACAAUGCUCUUGGUCUUACAUCCUUUGUGCUGAUUGCGUUCUUUGAAAAUGAGGAAGUAAUAUCGAAAUACAAGGAAAACAUCGACAAGGCUCUACAAUAUGUGGCCGAGGAGGUGGAUAAAACAGACGAUCAAUAUUCCAUGUCGAUUGCAGCUGUUGCUCUGCAGUUGGCCAAGCAUCCACAGGCCAAGAAGGUGUUGGCCAAACUGCAGAGUCUUGCCAAGCAGGAAGAUGGUCGCACCUGGUGGUCCAAGGCAAAUUCGCCGUCCAGUGAAUCGGAUCGUUCAGUCUACUGGCAUCCACGUAGUAAUGAUGUUGAGAUUACAUCUUAUGUGCUGAUGGCACUCCUGGAGGAGGAAUCUGCCGAGGCAUCGCUGCCGAUCAUCAAGUGGUUGAUUGCCCAGCGUAAUAGCAACGGUGGCUUCUCCUCCACACAGGAUACGGUCAUCGGUCUGCAAGCCUUGACCAAGUUCGCCUUUAAGACGGGUUCUGGCACUGGAAACAUCGACAUUGACUUUACAUCCUCCGAUGGCGCUGGCAAUGACAACAAGGACACCAUUCAAGUGAAACCUGACAACUCAUUGGUCCUGCAGAGUCACGUACUGCCAAAGACAACACAAAAGAUCGAUUUUACCGCCAAGGGUCAAGGAUCGGCAAUGGUUCAACUGUCGUAUCGCUACAAUCUGGCUGAGAAGGACAAGAAGCCCAGCUUCAAGGUAACGCCCACUGUGAAGGACACUCCCCUGCAGCAGCUGACUCUUGAGAUCUGUGCCGAAUACGUGCCCCUAGAAUCGAACGAUCCAACCAAGGACUCCAACAUGGCUGUCAUGGAAAUCGCUCUUCCCUCCGGGUUCGUUGGAGAUUUAGAUAGCUUUGGCAAAAUUGAAUCGAUUGAUCGAGUGAAGCGUAUCGAGACCAAGAACUCUGACUCCACGGUGAUUGUCUACUUCGACAGCCUGACGCCAGGUGAUGUCAAGUGUCUACCUGUGGAGGGAAUUCGGGCCCAUUCUGUGGCCAAGCAGAAGCCCGCUGCCGUUUCCCUUUACGACUACUACGAGACGGAUCGCCGUGCUACCGAGUACUACCAGGUCAAGUCCUCACUCUGCGACAUUUGUGAGGGAUCUGACUGUGGCGAAGGAUGCAAGCAGGAUAAAUAGGUUUCAUUAUCUUUACUAUAAAGUGAAGCUUUAUUCAAAUAAAUGUGCAUUAUAUAUUUGUGUAUUCUAUA